UAUGGUGUGUUGACUGCUGGUAUCAUAGCAUUAUUAUGGUGUGUUGACUGCUGGUAUCAUGGCAUUAUUAUGGUGUGUUGACUGCUGGUAUCAUGGCAUUAUUAUGGUGUGUUGACUGAUGGUAUCAUGGCAUUAUUAUGGUGUGUUGACUGAUGGUAUCAUGGCAUUAUUAUGGUGUGUUGACUGAUGGUAUCAUGGCAUUAUUAUGGUGUGAUGACUGCUGGUAUCAUGGCAUUAUUAUGGUGUGUUGACUGCUGGUAUUAUUAUGGUGUGUUGACUGCUGGCAUUAUUAUGGUGUGUUGAAGGCUGGUAUCAUGGCAUUAUUAUGGUGUGUUGACUGCUGGUAUCAUGGCAUUAUUAUGGUGUGUUGACUGAUGGUAUCAUGGCAUUAUUAUGGUGUGUUGACUGCUGGUAUCAUGGCAUUAUUAUGGUGUGUUGACUGAUGGUAUCAUGGCAUUAUUAUGGUGUGUUGACUGCUGGUAUCAUGGCAUUAUUAUGGUGUGUUGACUGAUGGUAUCAUGGCAUUAUUAUGGUGUGUUGAAGGCUGGUAACUGUGGGACUUGACUGCUGGUAUCAUGGCAUUAUUAUGGUGUGUUACGGCUAAGCACAGCUCAUGCCUGUGUUUAUUGUGGGCCUGUGGUGUAGCUGUGGGCCAUAGGCAUAGCUAUCAGUUAUGCAAGUUGUUCAAACUAAGGUGGGCCUGUGGUCUAGCUGUGGGCCAUGUGCACGACUGUCACAGUUAUGUAAACCAGCCGUUGAAGAGAGCUUAAUUUUGGACAUCACGUGUUUAUCAGACGGGGCUGAUGCGACUCCCGUGAGAGUGAUGUGUGAGCAAAAAUGGACAGCUGUAUGCUGUUGUCGCCAUCACCAUCAGCACCGCCACAACCAGCACUGCCAUUAAGACUAGAAUACUACAGAGCUACACAGCACAGCCACAAGGCGACAGUCAAACAUCAAGAGAAAGCUAUAAAUGGUUGGUUCUAUAGGGCUAGCUGUAGUGGUGGCAUCUGUAAUGGAUGGCAUUCAGCUUUAUAUCAACGUGAGAACACAAUGAACUGCUUGUUGGACUUCAUCUUCAUCAUCUUCAUCGUCAUCAUCCUCCUCAUCAUCAUCAUCGUCAUCAUCACACCACACACAGAGUGCAAACUCCUCUCUGAGUCUCAAGCUCUUGGUUGCCAUGACUAUUAACCCAAUGGCUGCUACUUCCUGUUAGAUGACGUCACAGCAUCGUGACGUGAGCGCGAUGGAAGGGGCAUGACAUCACUCGUGACGUCAGGCAGUGACACUGUGUCCAAGGGAGCUAACCCUGACUGCAGGAAGAUGACAGUUAUGUGGGACUGCGCCAGACACUAGUGUAAUUCAAGGAAGAUCAGUGUUGUGUGAGACUGCGCCAGACACUACUCUACUAGUCCGCUAGUCUGAGGAUCAACGACUCAAACAACACUCCUUGCUCUUUCUUUCCGUCUGUGUAGAAGGCUGCACCUGCCAUCUUGUUCUUGUCGUGGUCUGAGUAUUGUGACUGGGCUGCCGAAAGAGAGAGAAGGAUGUAUGCUGAAACAGACAAACAGGAAGACAAUCAAGCAGAUGGAUGUACUGCCGCCGCCAGUGAAAACUGUUCCCCGUGUGACGGGCCUGUGGCCACAGCCAUGGGUCACCUGUCUGUCAAUUUCUGGGAGAAGAUGCGUAUUCUAUCAUGGUCAACACUUGCAGUGGCGACACCCAAAACACUAACCUCCAGCUUGGGCCUGCUCAUCGUCGUCCUUCUGGUCACUGCACAGAUCGCCCUGGUCUUGCUCAUUCCUUUUAUCUCCGUGUCAGGCCGAGCGGAACGGAUUCUCGACGUCAUGAGUGCACUCCUGUCCGUGACCUUACCGCUUCUAGGCGUGAUGAUUGCGUCACAUCCUUUCAGCACGCUGUUAACGUGCGCCGUGCAAACAUACUUCAUAGUGGAAGAAUCAGUGAUGAAGAAGUGGUCUCCGGAGGCAUACAUCCUCUUCUUCACCUUCAUCUGCCUUCUGUUUAUCACACGCAGGCUGUCUGUACGGGGUCUGCUCAACAGAGGAGUGUCCCUGAAACGUCACCACAUCAAGUUUGCAACACAAGAGGCUGUGCACUGACUUGAGAAUGCUGCACACCCUGUUUUCUCACCUGUACUGUCUUACUGCGAUGUCCAGCGCCUUCAGACCAUCAACAAGCUGCCAACUUCACAAGAAGCACCUGUAACAGCUCAGUCUGUCACCAGCUGUUGCCUCCCCUACACAGCCAACAUAUUUGUUGCCAGACUGAAUAGAGACAGUUUAUGACCAUUAUUAUGUUUGUGUGCAUGAUUUCAACUACCUGCCUUUCACGCACGCACACCAAUGUAAAUGAAACGAAUGUAAGUAUAUACAAUGAAACUCAUAUACUGCCUCGACUGUAAUAAACCUCCAGAGCUACUGUAAAUAGAAGAAAACAUCAGUGUGCAGUCGCGUAGUGCAGCUACUUGAGCUGUCUGCUGGUCUACAGUUCUUUGACUGCAGAUUGUGCGGAUCACUCACCUACACAGAUGUUAUGGCGAGUGAACGUGGUGGAUACUUGAAUAAACACGUGCUUUCUACUUGCU